UCGAGACCGAUUGUGCUUGAGCCGUGCAAAGCCCAUCAUCUUCUCCGGCACAUCUUGCGCCACCCUGCACCACACAAACACUUGAUCAUUUGUUCAACUCGAGAUGUAUUCCUACAAUCUCUCUUGUACGAAGUCACACAGGAGAGUUCAAAUGCACUGAAUCUUCUCACCCCAGCCUUGAGCAACCUACACGAUUCACGCAAUGUCCAAAUGUCCUUUUGUUCGGAUCUCACCAACCUGCGAGCCUACCUCACAAAUUUGAAGCAUCCUCGGCAACCAGGACAAGUCGACUCAGAACCCAAAGGUGCACACGACCAGACCUGUCCGCUUCUGAUGAUAGUAAAUCCAAUCCGGAUUCACGAACAAACACUCUCAUAUUCAGUUCAGGGCUUCAACCGGACAUUUGCUUCUAUCGUAGAUGUCGCGCAUGGUCUCGGUCACCAGCUCCUAAUGGUCGAAUGCAUAAACCCAGAAGACGAGUACGAGACUGGCGGCCAAGAAGAUGAAGCCAUGCUCAAUGGACCUCGUCCAGUCACGAACACCUGGGAUCAAGAUCUUUCCAUGCUGAAUAUUACCACAAAGACCUUUGGUGCGGGUGAGCGAGCUUGGGUUGGAAGAACUUUGAGGAUCAGGCAGGUCGCUGGGCGAUGGUUCAAGUUUCGGAAGCUAGAGGAC